AUGCAUCUUAUCAAGGCUCUAAUCUCCAUCUUCGCCCUCUCAGGGUCCAUUGCCGCACAACAUACCGAGGAGGGAGGCCUCACCCGGCGCCAGGAGCUUACCGCUGCUCGCGAGGAACUUCUUGUUGCCCGCGACAACUACCUGGCUGUUCGCGACCGCAAGGCUGCUGGCAAGACUGCUGGCAAGUCUGCGCCCAAGACCGGAGGCACUAGUUUCAAUAUCCCAAUCUGUCCAAACAGAACGAUCGCCUACUGGUAA